AUGGUCGGGGCUGCCGCGGAAGGUGCACUUUCCAGCGACGAUGUCGUCGCCGCGGUCACUCCAACGUCCGUUUUCGUCUUGACGCUUCUGAUGGCAUCCAUGACCGGUCUCGGCUCUGUUCCAUUCUUUUUACUCCCGAAAGGGGAGAAACUCUCCCCGUUGUACGCCGGGUUAGCGAACGCCAUCGCGUGUGGGGUCAUGCUCGCGGCUUCUUUCGAUAUGGUUCACGAAGGCCAACCGCACGGUCCCGGUCUGGUGGUUUUUGGAUUGUUCUGCGGGGCAACUUUUAUUGCUUUUUUGCAGAAAAUUUUACGCGCGCACGAAGACGUGUCGUUUGCGAAUUUAGUCGGCGCGGAUGCACGGAAAACGUUACUCGUGGUUGGUAUCAUGACCGCGCACUCGUUCGGAGAAGGGUCGGGCGUCGGGGUGAGUUUUUCAGGAGUCCACGGGUGGGCGCAAGGGUGUUUGGUGACGUUUGCCAUCGGCGUGCAUAACGUUCCGGAAGGUUUGGCGGUGUCGACAGUGUUGGCGAGUAAAGGCGUGAAACCGAUGCAGUGUUUGUUUUGGUCUGUCGUGAGUUCGUUGCCGCAAACGGUAACGGCGGUGCCGUCGUUUUUGUUCGUGGAAACGUUUACGAGCUUGAUGCCGUUUGGAGUCGGUUUUAGCGCCGGGUGUAUGAUUUGGAUUGUGUUCGCGGAGUUGUUACCGGACGCGUUUGAAGGCGCGGAGGAUGCGAGAGCAGUGGCAACGGCGGCAACGAUGAGUGCGGCAGCGUUGGAAGGGUUUCGGAUGGCCAUGCAAAGGCUGGACAACGAAGAUGGGACAUUACGAGCUCCGACGUUGAAAGAUUUUGGUUUAGGAGGAGACGACGUGGGGAGCGGCGGGGGCGGCGGGAAGAGUACGUUUUAUUUAGCGCUUGCGCCGGCGUUUAUAGCCUCGUUCGCGCUGUUUACGUUACGCUUUACGAACAAGAAAGGGAUGUUGCUCGUCGAGCGCUUGUUUAGGGACAAGGUUCGAAGAAAUGAUGAAAUAGAUAUGAACAGCAACAACAACAAUAUUGAAGGAGACGUGUUGAAAUCGUCCUCGGCGCGUAGGAAAAGUAGUUUUGAGGACGGUAAAAUAGGCGCAACGUUAGGGAUUGCGAGUGGUGUGUUGAUCGUCAUGGGUGUACGCGCGAUGUUACUCACGCUUCGCGCUAUUUAUUACGGAGGAGUAGUGGAGAUUGUAUUCGCCGUCGUCGGCGUGAUGCUGGCGAGAUUUAUUCUGUUGCGACUCCCAAAGCUUGUCUUCUUGGACGCGUUCUCCUCGUCUGAGAGUGCAGAGAAGAACUCGACAACCACAAACAGUAGCAGUAGCCUCGCGAGCCUCGCGAACGGGUGGGAUGCCAUCGACGGCGCCUUUGAGGCGUUCAUCGUGUCCAUCACGUGCGUUUCCCUCUCCGUCCUCGAUGGCGUCCGCUUCGCCUCCGCCUCUGAAUCAUUAGAGAACAUUCACAUCGAAUUUCCGGCGUGCAUCCGUGCUCUUGUGAGAACCGCUCCAGCAGCUUUGAGCGCGUUUAGCUGUAAAGCCGGUAACGCUUCUGAACUUGCGCUGCGCGCUUCCCUCUCGGUAGGUUUCGCCUUUUUCUUCUCCGCCGUCGUCGCGGCCAAGUUUGUGAAAGUCUUCAAAUCCGAGCGCGACUUGAACAAACAUCUGGAAGAAUCUUCUGGUAAGAAAAACUUGUUCAAAAUAGAAGGUUUAUUGGAAGCUGCGAGUUGUUUGAUGUGCGCCUACGCCUUCUCCAGAGCCUUGUGGCCUCGCGCUACCAGAGAAACCAGAAGAGGGAGCAACGACGAACAAGCCGGUUUGAUGUUAGGAUUGAUGUUAGGGGUGAGUGCGAACGUGGCGCUUUUUGCGUUGGGUUCAAUGACGCCGUACACGGACGCGCUUUGA